AUGUGGAUCUAUCUGGUAAGAAUUUCCUGACUAUUUACUCAUCAAAUAAAACACAAAAAGGAAAUUUGAAAGAAAAGGCUUCAGUAGGCCUGCUGUUCAUAUGCAGCUGGAAUAGCUCAAAUUCACGGGGGUGAUGUUUUCUUCUCUUUAAAUGAGGCUCAUUUCUGAUUGUGUUAAACCGUCUCUAUUAAAUUGUAGAAGUGUGAUGCAGUUUUCUAAAGUUUUAUAAGGAACAGCAUUUUUGUGAAGGCUACGAGGGUCAAAGCAGGACUGUCUGUGAAGAUGCUGGCGGCCAACUUGCUCCUCACCAUCUUGUUUCUUCCAGGUGAGCUUUUUUUUUUUUUUUUGCGCUUGGAGAUGUCCCUCUAAAAAAUCAUGUAAGCGCUCGCUGUGUGCACAUUGUGGUGAUACACAAUCUUUUGUUAAUCGUGUUUCUGGUUUUUCAGGUGCUGUGACUGGUUGUGGUUUACAUUCAGACCUCUUCAUAACUACACCGAAGAAUAUGAAAGCACUGAGUGGAUCUUGUUUGCAAAUCCCGUGUAACUUUAGUGCUAGUCAAGAGCAUGACUUUGGCCUGGGAAAAAUCUUUGGGGUGUGGAUCAAAAACAACCCCUAUUUUGGCGAAAAUCCAAAAAAUGUGGUUUUCAACAGUAGUGGGACAGUCCUAACCUAUCCGAUGAACAUCACCGGAAACCUCAGCCAGAAACAGUGCGCCACUUUAUUCUCUAAUAUGAGCUCAAUACAUACAGACAAAUACUUCUUCAGAAUCCACAGCAGCUCAUUGAGGGCAACGGAUAUUUGCAAUGCUCUUCAAAUAAGAGUUAUAGGUAAGAGACGUCAUCUAAAACAUGUAUUGACAGAGCUUUUUAAGAACUAAUGUUUAUCAAGUGAUGAUUUUCUGUACUUUAAAUGACAGACACCCCUCCACCACCGAGCAUGGAGAUCCAAGGUGAUUUAAAGGAAGCAAAAUCUGUCAAUAUAAGCUGCUCCGCUUUCAUCCCCUGUCCACAAUCCCCUCCCAAACUCACCCUGAGUCUCCUCCAAGACUCCUACAAUACCAAGAGAAACACGGUGAAAAACGCUGAUGGAACCUUUACAGCUCAAAUCUGGAUGAGCGUCACUCUGACGGAGAAACAUGAUGGAUACAGCAUCACCUGUUCAGCAGCCUAUCCUGUGGACAAAGGAAAAGAUGUCAAGAGAGUGAAUGAGACGAGGACUCUCAGUGUUUCAUGUAAGGAAACAAGAGUUUGUCUCUAGAUUCAAUCGCAUGUUUAAGCUUUUUUAUUAAAACUCCUGAUUUCUCUCAGAUUCUCCCAAAAACAUCACAGCCUCCAUGAGUCCAUCAAGUUUGGUGUCUGUGGGUACCACAGUGACCCUGACCUGCUCUAGCACAGCUAAUCCUCCUGUCAAAAACUUCACCUGGUUCAAGAUCAGCAACCCUUCACCCAUGAAUGUGUUUGGUGGAAAGAUUUACAGCUUUAAUGCAACAGAAGGAGGAGUUUAUUACUGUGAGGCCACAAAUGAUCUUGGAAGUGGAAGAUCACCGCAGAUUAAUCUCUAUAUUGAAGGUAAAUAUCACAGCUGACUUGUUUUCUAUCUGGAUGGUUCCAGUUUAGAUAUUUCACACCUCUCUCUCUGUGGUUUCUGAUUUGGCUGAUUUUUCUGAGCAGGAGGAACUGGUAGAUCUAUGAGCGUAGCACUUCUGGGGGGGAUCAUUGCGAUCGUCUUGCUCAUCUGCCUAGUCGUCAGCAUAAUUAUGUAAGUUUCACCGAUGGAAGGAGAUCAAGUUGAGUUUGAGCGAUGGUCCAUAUUUCUCACUGGUGGUUUAUUUUUGCAGCGCCGUCAUGUUGUGGAGGAAGUUGAAAUCUGCUGAGUCAUCUCAACAGAGUCUGGUAGGAAACUAUGAGAAACUCUGCAAACCAGAAAACCAGAAAUCCACAUUUCUGUCCUCUCACAUUCUGGCGUGUUUUUUUUUUUUUGCAGUACCAAACGGGCGAAGAGAUGGCUGCUGCAGAGCCGAGAAGGCGGACAGAUGAGGAAGAAGAUGGCAUUCACUACGGAGUGAUUGACUUCUCAAAGCGAAGACCUAACCCGUCCUACAACCAGGACAGUGGACAGCAGCAGGAGACGCUGUAUGCGCAGGUCAAAGGUUCAGGUUCUAGACAAGCUUCUGUUAGCCCAGAUGAUCUGUACGCUCAAGUCAGGAGACACUGAACCGUGGAAAAGAAAGCUGUAGGAAAGAAAAGCUUGAACAGAAUUUUCUCUUAUUUUAUCUUUAAGUUAUGUUGUGACUGAAAUGUUCCUGCAUCGUGGAAAUAAAAAUGCUGUUUCUGCUACAGUGCAGUGAAGGGAAGUUAAAAAUGAUGUCUCCUUUAGCCUUUUUAUAGAAGUAUGUGUGCCACUGUUGUAAUGUUAAGAGUGUUUUCUUGUCAAAUUAACACAAAAGUGGAAGUCAGGAUGAAAUCCAUACUUUGACCUUGUGUCACGCAGCUGUGAAACACACAGAUGGAUCAGAAUGGGUUUUAAAUUAGAGACUGGAGACUUUUAGAUGCUGGGACUUGUUCUACAACUGCGCCACCUAGGGGAGGACGUCUAUUCCUGAGAGACCUGUAACCCCUGUGACCCAUCUUGACUCCAUCCAGUGUAUCAAACACAUGCAUCUUGAAGACAAGGUUAUCCUGAGUUUGUUUCCCCUUUUUUCAAACUCACUGACUAGAUGACUGUAAUGCUUUGGUGAUUCUUGCUGCAUGCAUGAAUAACUGGGUAAAACACACAGGCCUGUAAUAGGUCACAUGAUGAAAAAAGUAUUUGCAUGAGGCUGUAAACUUAACUGAGUAGGAUGCAGGCAGGUCAUAAACUUGUGAAGCAGCUAAAGCUGAGUCGAUCUACACUGAGGGUCUUGCUGUUCUGCUGAAACUGAGGUAUUGUAAUUUUAUGUCAAAUUUCUUUUUCAGCUGAAACUUUUUUAUUAUUUUUUCCUAAUUUGGUGAGUUCUUCUUUUAAUCGUGAAAGUAUAUUUGUUUUUAUUCUGUUUGAAUAAACUGUCUGAACUGCUUUAUUGUGAUUUUGUACUUGAGUGAAUGUUAAAAAUUGAUACAGCUGAAGAAAAUGAGGCCUGCUUGGAUGAAGACACUGAAAAGUAAUUUUCCUUUUCAUAAACCCAGAUGACGAGUGCUAUUUCAGUCCUGUCUGUGGAUAUGAUGCUAGCCUACAUUUUGCUGAGCGCCUUCUCGCUCUCAGGUGAGCUCUGUUAUUUUUAGUCACUUUUAAUCAUUCACAGUUCGACUUAAUUUGACAUCCCACAAGGAAGAAAGGCCAGUGAUGAUAAGAUAAGGUGUACUUUUUGCGGUUUCACACUUCUAUAACUAAACAAAGUAGAAUACUCUGCGCCGGUGCCACUUUUUGGGCAUUUUUUCAAUCAGGAGUCGUGAUUAUGUUGUUAUUGCUAGGCACAGGUCAAUGAAAAGACGGUGGGAGGUAUUUGGAUAAUCCAUCUGUUGACACUCAUAUUAGUAAAAAGUCAAAAGUGUGCUGUUCUGUCAUCAACAGUUUUCACUUUGAUCGGAGAGUCCUAACGCAGACUGAUAGUUUGGGAAGUUGCUAAAAUACGACUGGCAUCGUUUCAUGCCGUGUUUAUAAAUGAAUCUUGCAGCGACAGAGAUGACUCACCAGUCUGAAAACUUCAUCCAAAAAAUACAGAUCACAGAUUCACAGAUCAGACCGUCUUUGGCAGACGGUUUCGCUUCUUUCAUUUCAAUAAUAAAGCCAGAACAAACACACAUUGUGGCUUCUCCAGUUGAAAUGAUGCGGUAUCGAGUUUUAUUUUGCAUGCCACACUCUGUGUUUAUGUCUAAUGUAUGAUAUGUAAAUCAAUUGUGUUUCACAGGAACUUCAGCCAGCUGUGGUCUGAAUUCAGCUCUCUUCAUUACCACACCUCAGAAGAUUGAAGCUCUGAGUGGAUCUUGUUUACUUAUCCCGUGUAACUUCAGUGCAGAAAGGAACUACGACAACAACCUAGAGACCUUUGCUAUGUGGAUUAAAGACAACACUAAUCUUAGAAAUAUAGUUUUUAACAGUGAUGGGACAGUCAACCGAUAUAACAUGAAUCUAACCGGAAAUAUGAAGGAGAGAAAUUGCACCACUCAGUUUCUCAACUUCGAAACAGAAUAUCCAAAAAAAUAUCAUUUCAGAAUCCAGAACAGGGAGUUUAGGGCGACAGCUGUGUGUGAUCCUGUUGUGAUAACAGUUAAAGGUAGGAGGGAUUUCAUUUUCAUUAAACGGGUUUAAACUUUUACUGUGUUAUGAUUUGGUUAAAAAAAAACAUCUUUAUUUCGUUUGAUCCCACAGAUUCUCCUCCCAGUCCUGUGAUCAAUGUUUUAGGGACGUUAAAGGAGAAAGAGGAUCUCACUGUAACCUGCUCAGCUUUUACUCCCUGUCCAAACUCCCCUCCUAAACUCAUCUGGAAUCUCCUGAAAGACUCUCAUAACAACUUGGAGGGAAACACAGAUGGGACCUAUACAGCUCAAAUCCAAGAGAACAUCACUCUGACGGACAAACAUGACGGAUACAACAUCACCUGUUCAGCCACAUAUCCUUUGAAUGGAGGAAAAGAUAAUAAGACAGCAGAGGAGACGAGGACCCUCAGUGUUUUGUGUGAGAUGACCAGAGUUGUUCUUGCUUCCAGUCAGAAUAUAAUGAGCUGUUUUGAAUUAAUUUGCUGUAUCUUAUAUUAUUUCCCAGAUUCUCCCAAAAACACCACAGCGUCCAUGAGUCCACUAGGUUUGGUGUCUGCAGACGCCACGGUCAACCUGACCUGCUCCAGCAGAGCCAAACCUCCUGUCAGAAACUUCACCUGGUUCAAGAUCAGCACAGGUGGACCUUUAAAAGUAUCUGAAGGAGACUUUUACAGCUUUAACGUUGCAGAAGGAGGAGUUUAUUACUGUGAGGCCACAAAUGAUCUUGGUAAUGAAGCUUCAUCAAAGGUGAAGGUGACUAUGAAGGACGAAGGUAAUCUCCAUUAUGACUUCUACAAACUAAUGCAGCUUUUUUCAGUUUUGAUUUGCAGUUCUGUUGCUCUAUGUUCAUCCUUAAAGGGAUAUUCUGGUGUAAAAUUAAGUUUGGGUCAAACACACCGUAACAGCUAGUUAGACACCCCGUCGAGAGAUGAAUGUUGCCGACUGCUUGCUUCUCUAGUUAAACCAACUUUAGUAACGACCGCACGAUAGCAAUACAGAGAGCCACACACCCAACCAAAAAGCCUCUCUAUAACCUCAAAUAAUGCUCAAUGUUCUUCCUUGAGCUGCGUCACCCCGCAGCAGUCUGUAAUGGACUGAACAGUUUUCACUUUGAUCGGAGAGUCCUAACGCAGACUGAUAGUUUGGGAAGUUGCUUAAAUACGACAGGCAUCGUUUCAUGCCGUGUUUAUAAAUGAAUCUUGCAGCGACAGAGAUGACUCACCAGUCUGAAAACGUCAUCCUAAAAAUACAGAUCACAGAUUCACAGAUCAGACCGUAUAUCUGUGGCAAACAGUUUCAGUUCUUUCAUUUCAAUAAUAAAGCCAGAACAAACACACAUUGUGGCUUCUCUAUUUGAGAUGAUGCGGUAUCGAGUUUUAUUUUGCAUGCCACACUCUGUGUUUAUGUCUAAUGUAUGAUAUGUAAAUCAAUUGUGUUUCACAGGAACUUCAGCCAGCUGUGGUCUGAAUUCAGCUCUCUUCAUUUCCACACCUCAGAAGAUUGAAGCUCUGAGUGGAUCUUGUUUACUUAUCCCGUGUAACUUCAGUGCAAAGAGGGACUACGACAACAACCUAGAGACCUUUGCUAUAUGGAUUAAAGACAACACUAAUCUUAGAAAUAUAGUUUUUAACAGUGAUGGGACAGUCAAACGAUAUAACAUGAAUCUAACCGGAAAUAUGAAGGAGAGAAAUUGCACCACUCAGUUUCUCAACUUCGAAACAGAAUAUCCGAAAAAAUAUUAUUUCAGAAUCCAGAACAGGGAGUUUAGGGCGACAGCUGUGUGUGAUCCUGUUGUGAUAACAGUUAAAGGUAGGAGGGAUUUCAUUUUCAUUAAAAGGUUUAAACUUUUACUGUGUUAUGAUUUGGUUAAAAAAAAACAUCUUUAUUUCAUUUGAUCCCAGAUUCUCCUCCCAGUCCUGUGAUCAAUGUUUUAGGGAAUUUAAAGGAGAAAGAGUCUCUCACUGUAACCUGCUCAGCUUUUACUCCCUGUCCAAACUCCCCCCCUAAACUCAUCUGGAAUCUCCUGAAAGACUCUAACAACAACUUGGAGGGAAACACAGAUGGGACCUUUACAGCUCAAAUCCAAGAGAUCAUCACUCUGACGGACAAACAUGACGGAUACAACAUCACCUGUUCAGCCACAUAUCCUUUGAAUGGAGGAAAAGAUAAUAAGACAGCAGAGGAGACGAGGACCCUCAGUGUUUUGUGUGAGAUGACCAGAGAUUGUUCUUGUUUCCAGUCAGAAUAUAAUGAGCUGUUUUGAAUUAAUUUGCUGUAUCUUAUAUUGUUUCCCAGAUUCUCCCAAAAACACCACAGCAUCCAUGAGUCCACUAGGUUUGGUGUCUGCAGACGCCACGGUCAACCUGACCUGCUCCAGCAGAGCCAAACCUCCUGUCAGAAACUUCACCUGGUUCAAGAUCAGCACAGGUGGACCUUUAAAAGUAUUUGAAGGAGACUUUUACAGCUUUAACGUCGCAGAAGGAGGAGUUUAUUACUGUGAGGCCACAAAUGAUGUUGGCAAUGAAGCUUCAUCAAAGGUGAAGGUGACUAUGAGAGACAGAGGUAAUCACCGUUAUUACUUCUACAAACUAAUGCAGCUUUUUUCAGUUUUGAUUUGCAGUUCUGUUGCUCUAUGUUCAUCCUUAAAGGGAUAUUCUGGUGCAAAAUUAAGUUAGAGUCAAACACACCGUAACACCGAGUUAGACACCCCGUCGCAAGAUGAAUGUUGCCGACUGCUUGCUUCUUUAGUUAUACCAACUUUAGUUACAACCGUACGAUAGCAAUACAGAGAGCCACACACCCAACCAAAAAGCCUCUCUAUAGCCUCAAAUAAUGCUCAAUGUUCUUCCUUGAGCUGUGUCACCCCGCAGCAGUCUGUAAUGGACUAACCCGGAGGUCUGCGUACAAACAAGCACCUGCUGGAAGAGAGUAGGUGAGUUGUGUUAAGUCUCUUUGCUAAAGAAAUCAGGCAAAGUUAAAAAGAUGUUUGGUGGCUAGUACUAUGACCGGGACACUGUAUGUACUGUUGAUGAAGUUAGAUGCUGUUCUGAGCAUUAUUUGUCUCUCAGGGAGGUGUCUAAUUCAGCCAACUCCUGGCUGGCUCGCCACUUGUAUGGUAGAUUCCAUAGAUGCAAAAGGUGCAAAAAUGAACCACCAGACGACAGAUCCAGUUGGCAGCCUCUCGCAGGAUUUGUCACAGUUAAAGCAUCAACCACAAUGUCAUGACAAUUCAGACGGACAACAGAAGCUGAAUAAUCCCCCAACAAUUCUCCCUAGAACUCUUUCUUAUAAGAGCUCCAAUGACGUCAGUAGUAGUUAUCUUCCCGUAAGUGUAUUUUAAAUUGGUGUCUGACAGCCAACAACGUGAAUUCUAUAAACAUGUUUUGCUCGCUGGCCGGCUCUGCCAAAUUUCCCGUCGAAAUCUGGCAGAGUCAUGUGUGACAAGUUCAGGUCGACAUGAUCUCUCCUGCAUCCUGUAUUGCAACACUUUUUGCUCCAACAUGUUACGAUGUGUUUGACUCUAACUUAAUUUUACGCCGGAAUAUCCCUUUAACAUCAGCAGUGUUGCAGGCCUUAUUUACCUUUUACUGUUUUUCUCCAUCAGGUUUUGCUUCUACCUCAUUUAAAUGGGGGGCAAUCCUCGGAGGUAUAUUCGGGAUCAUUGUUAUCAUCUGUCUGGUCAUCCUUGUUUGGUAAGUAUCACAAAGCUCAUGACUCUGUUUUUGGCUCUGUGAGCGAUCAUUUUAUCUUAUGUGAAAGUGACUAACUUAACAAUCUCUCAUGGCUCACAGGCGUCUCAAAUCUGAAGGUCAGACUCCACCGGAGCCUCAGGUAGGGAAAAACGACAGCUUGACAGGACUGUGUUUGACAUUUGUUCUCAUCAGCCUUCUUUUUACUACCAUCUCAUUUCAUCCACUUACAAUCAUCAGCCAUAACAUUUAAACCAGUGGUUCUCAACUGGUGGGUCCCGACCCAAAAGUGGGCCGCGGACACCUUCUGGAUGGGUCACAAACAGCUGGUCAAAAAAGUAAAUAUUUGAUGCGAUAUUUAUUAGAUAUUUGAUUUUUUUCAGUAGUUGUCCUCAUGUUGUCCCCUUCAUGUGCUUUGAAAUGCACUUUACUCAAUAAAACAAGUGGAUUUAUGUUAAAGAUUAGAGUCUUUAAAGUUUGGUUUUAGCAAAAAUACAUUUUCUUGGUUUAAAUUCUAUAAAAGUGGGUCACGACUUAAGGACCAUUGGAAAAUGUGGGUCCCAGAGUGAGACCAGUUGAGAACCACUGAUUUAGACCACCUGUCUAGAGAUGUUCAGGUCCUUCUCCCCUCAGACUAGCCCCAAGGAUCAACACUGGCAGCUCUGUCAAAGUUGCUCAGAUCCUACCUCCAGAGAUAACAGAUAUCUGCUUCGCCUGUCAGUGGUCAUAUGUGAUCACUGAUUGGUUUGAAUUAAGUCUUAAGUGAUAUAUAUUCACCUCUGAAUUCUUCUUAUGUGAUUUUAUUCAGGUCCAAACAGGUGCAAGGGUGUCCACUGAAGAACCUGUGAUAAAAACAGACCCAGAAGAAAGUAUUCAUUACUCAGAGAUAAAUUUCUACAAAAUGAGACAAGGACCAUCUUCUGAAAGAGGACCUCAGGAGAACACAGUGUACGCAGAGGUCAGAGCGUCUCACACACAAAACCAAGAACAGACUGCUGACAGCUCAACAGACCUCUAUGCUCAAGUCAGGAAACCCAAAACCGGACAACUGACAUGAAGGGAACAUUUUGAGAAGUUACCAGAGACAUAAAUAUAUCAUAACAGAGGAACUUCCUCUUGCUUUACCAUAGAUAAAAUAAGGAACUCAUGGCCACUUUCUUACAAUGCAUGAGUUCUCAUAUUCUUUCAUUGCCAGAUCAUUUAAAAACCAAAUUUCAGGGGGGGUAAUUCAGUUUUUGGUAGAGACUAAAGUAAAUCCACAGAUCCCCCUGAAAGCCUCUAGGAGCUGCUGGUUCUCUCACUGCAUUUUCAGUCUUGUCCUUGUGCAGCUUUUUGUCAUCACGGCCUGCGUCUGUGGAGAAGACCUGACAGCAAACUAAAUACCAACCUUUUAGUCUGUAGUCAUACUGCUUUUUAUCUAAUUCUUAUAUUGUCUUGACUUCUUAGAGUUUUAUAAUGCUAUCUAGUAUUUUUUAUGGUAUUUUAUUCAUUUUUAUGUUGUAUUUAUUAUACUUUCUUCUAAAUCUGCUAUCUUGAAUUUAAACAUUUUAAUCAAUCAUAUCAUAAACUCUUCAAGACUGAAGAGUUUUGAUUUAUUUGAAUGAUUGUUUUUGUAUUUAAAGCCAUUUUGUUGAAUGAAAAGUGCAAUGCAAAUAAAGUCUGAUUGAUCAACUGAUUGAUUGAUUGAUUUAACGUGUUUAUCGUGCCAUGAUCAAACCUGGAUCAACUUCUGAGAUGUUUGUUUAUAAAAACCACAAGUCUACACUUCAGUGCUGAUGCUCCUGUGUGCUUGUCUGGUGAAUAAGUGAUUGAAGUCUGGUUUCCUUCUUAUCUGAAGCGUUCAAAUCAUCACAUGAAGAUAGUGGUGGUAGAACUGGGACAGCCUGGUUUGAUAUGAGUCUGAUGUUGUGUAACUGCAACACUGUGGUGCAUUCAGCUCUUAAGUAUUUGCAUACCUGGUCAUGUCGUCAGGUACUUGCUGUGUGAUAAUGCAAAAUUGUUUCCUUGUCUUUCUAGCAAAGUAAUUUUCAUAAUUCGAUGGCGCUGUUUAUGCCACAGUGAAGUUCCCCUCUGUGUUUCAGUGUCAGUAAAAAAUCAGAUAACUUUCUGAUUCAACUAAAGCUUGGUGCGACUCAUCUGUUACACAGUGGGCUGGGUUUCAUUUUGAUCUGAGCCCUUUACUGGUUUCACCUCCCUCUCUCUCUGCUCGUCUGAACUGUUAAAAAAAACCUUUCACUUCCCCAAAAAAUAGACCAAAGAAUUAAUUGAAAGGAAGGAUAUAACAAAGGUGACUUCCUCAUUUGUGGGGUACAAGCACACAGGCUGGAGACUUUGUGUAAUUCAGUAGCACCACAGGAAGAUAACCGGUCAGUCUUGGUUCUGCUUUAGUUUACUUACAGGCUGAUUUAAAAGUAUUUUUUUUCUUGGAUCAAGCGUCCUGCGGCUUGUUUGGUAAGUUCAACAGUUUAUGAGGAAUACCAGAAAAAAACACAACUAGAGACAGCCUGUUUUUUAAAUCCAGGUGAUGAGUCUGAUUGCAGUUUGGUCGGUUAAAGUGGCGACAGCCAACAUGUUGAUGCUUCUUCUCUUUAUGUCAGGUGAGCUGUUCUUUCAGUCACUUCACUCUGAAGCUUUUAAUUUAUUUUAUUGUGCUGUGCUUUUAUUUUGAAACACUUAAUGUCACUCAUGAGUGUGGUUUGCAGGUGUUUUGACUGACUGUCCUUCACGUACACACCUCUUCAUGAACUCACCGCAGAGGAUGGAAGGACUGGUUGGAUCUUGUUUGCAAAUCCCAUGUGACUUUACAACAAGUGGAACUGCUGAGUUUGACAACAAAAAAGAAGUGUUUGGUUUGUGGUUCAAAGAAAAACGAGAGACCACUAGACCAAGAAAUGCUGUUUUUAGCAGUAAAAACACAGUUCAGGAAUAUCCGAUUAGUAUAAUUGGAGACCUGCCAGAGAAAAACUGCACCACUCUGUUCUCCAGAUUAACCGAUUUAACGGCAUUAUUUCCUGGAGUGUACUACUUAAGAAUCGAGAACUUGCCGUACAGGGCAACAGCCAUAUGUGAUCCUCUUCAUAUAACAGUAACAGGUAAGAUAACUUUGUUUUCUUUCACUCAGGCUCUAAUAUUAUCACUGUGAAGAAAAACAGUUAAAGCUUUGGUCUGAGCAGCAUCUCAUUAUAUUUAACAGUUUGGUCUAAAUGCUUGUUAUUCACUGAUUCUCAUAUAUUCAUACAACAAAUACUGAACAGUACAACCUUAACAGCAGAUGAGCAAAGAGGUGUUGUGUUGUGUUGUGUUGUGUCAGCUUUUGGGUUCCUCAAAUUUGUGUGAAAUCUGUUCAAAAAAAUCUUGAUCCACAGACUCUCCUCCGAGUCCCACAAUAAACAUCCCAGGCAAUCUGAUGGAGGCGGAGUCUGUCACUGUAACCUGCUCAGCUCUUACACCAUGUCCGCAACUCCCUCCUAAACUCACCUGGAAUCUCCUGAAUAACUCUCGCAACAACAUGGUGAAAAACAAUGAUGGCACCUUUACAACUCAAAUCCAGGAGAUCAUCACUUUGACAGACAAUCACGAUGGAUUCAACAUCACCUGUUCAGUCGCAUAUCCUGUAAAUGGAGGAACAGAUUUCAAGACAGCAGAGGAGACGAGGACCCUCAGUGUUUUUUGUGAGACAACCAGAGUUCAAUAUUGAUUUCUGAUCAUUUAUAAUCGUUCACCUUUUUAUUUAAUCUCAGUUUUUCUCUCUUUUUUCUCAGAUUCUCCUAAAAACACCUCCCUGUCCAUCAGCCCAUCAUCUUCUGUGUCAGCAGAAACCACCGUUAACCUGACCUGCUUCAGCAGAGCCAAACCUCCUGUCAGAAACUUCACCUGGUUCAAGAUCAGCACAGACGGACCUUUAAAAGUAUUUGAAGGAGACUUUUACAGCUUUAACGUCACAGAAGGAGGAGUUUAUUACUGUGUGGCAACAAAUGAUGUUGGCAAUGGAACAUCAGCAACAAUCAAACUGACUGUAAAUGAAGGUGAUCACUGGUUACUUCCCCAAAUGUCACACACUUUUCUAUUUCCUGUUCAGCUGCUUUACUGUUGCAUGUGUUUUGUGUGUCUGUUUAUUGAGGCAUGCUGAAGAGCACUUCUCUGUCUUUAUAUCAGUCAUAUUGAUCAUGCCUUCAUUACUCUGACUCUUCUGUUUUAUUCUGGCUGUUUUUUUCUACUAGAAUUCUCUGGUAUCCCUCUGAAAUUGGAGGCAAUCCUCGGAGGUAUCCUUGGCAUCCUUGUGGUCCUCUGUCUAGUUGUCUGUUGUUGGUAAGUAUCACAAAGUGUAUUACUUGUUAAAUCCUGAAAUCCUGAAAAAAUUAUUAUUAAUCAGAUUCUGUUUUAUGGGUCAAAGGUGUUUGAUAUCCAAACGGCGGACUUCACAACAGACUCAGGUAACAAAAUGUAAAACUUGCAGUGAAUUAAUAUGGAAGACGAUAACAGCCGAGGCUUUUGAAAACAUUGACAGCUCGCUCAACUCUGCACAUGUGUAUUAUACUUAAAGGGAUAUUCCGGUGUAAAAUUAUUUAGGGUCAAACAUACUGUAACACAGAGUUGGACACCCCCUCGAGAGAUGAAUGUUGCCGACUGCUUUCUUCUCUAGUUAUACCAACUUUAGUAAUGACCUCACGAUAGCAAUACACAGCGGUCUGAGGAUCCAUAAACAAACCUCAACCAAAACGCCACUCUAUAGCCACAAAUAAUGCUCAGAACAGCACCUAACUUCAUCAACAGGACAUAUAGGGUCCCAGCCACAGUACUAGCCACCAAACAUCUUUUUAACUUUGCCUGAUUUCUUUGGCAAAGAGACUAAACACAACUCACCUACUCUCUUCCAGCAGCCGCUUGUUUGUAGCAAGACCUCGGGCCAGUCCAUUGACCACAGUGGGGGGACACAGCUCAAGGAAGAACAUUUAUGAUCAUUACUUUAUCAUUUCCCUGAAGUAAUAAUCAUCAUAUUAAUCAUUUUGCACUGCAGACACAGUAGUUCGUCUGCCUUAGCAUCUCAGUCUGAUUGCAUUUCCAUAAAGACAUGAUCAUAAAUGUUCUUCCUUGAGCUGCCCCAGAGGUCUCCCUACUAACAAGCGGCUGCUGGAAGAGAGUAGGUGAGUUGUGUUUAGUCUCUUUGCUGAAGAAAUCAGGCAAAGCUAAAAAGAUGUUUGGUGGCUCGUGCUGUGGCACAGACCCUAUAUGUACUGUUGAUGAAGUUAGGUGCUGUUCUGAACAUUAUUUGUGGCUAUAGAGUGGCGUUUUGGUUGAGGUUUGUUUAUGGCUCCUCAGACCGCUGUGUAUUGCUAUCGUGCGGUCGUUACUAAAGUUUGUAUAACUAGAGAAGCAAGCGGUCGGCAACAUCCAUCUCUCGACGGGGUGUCUAACUUGGUGUUCUGGUGUGUCUAACCCUAAAUUGAUUCUAUGCCGGAAUAUCCCUUUAAACCCUUUUUUCACAUUCUCCUGAUAAGACAUUCACGAUAAAUAAUACAUUUGACUUUCAAAAUUGAGCAAGACAAGAUAUUUUUAUCAAAAUAAGCUUUGAAAACUUUAGUCUGAAAUCAAUUGUUCAUUGUGCCUCCAGUUCAGGGUUUACUUUAAUUCUCUUCUUCUCUGAUUUAUUACUUCAUUCAGAGUCAAACAGUUGAACAGUUUUCUGUCAAAACUCAUACACAUUAUGGAGAGAAUAUAAUCCUCGAGCAGACACCAAAACCCUCUUCUGACUCAGCGGAGGACACCGUGUAUUCAGAGGUCAAAGCGCGUAACACAACAAACAACCAAACACAGGCGGCUGACGGCGUGGAGGAUCUCUAUAUGAAUGUAAGGAACACAGUUGAUGCAGUUGUAGAGACGACACACGACACUUAAGGAACAGUAAAUCUGGAGUCAGUUCUUUGCUGUAACAAAGUCUUCUAUAUUAAGGGCUGUCAAAAUAUUAGAUUUUUCGCCUCAGCAUUAGAGAGACCAAAAAUAUCACAAUAUGAUAUUAUAGCUUUUACUUUUUCAAGAGAAAGCUACUUCCUGUAAGUGAGUCUAACAUGUUUUAACUAGUUUAAUUGAUAAGAGGCACAGGCUCCAAUAAUCAUGACUUAUCAAAAGUGCUGAAUCAUGUUUUAGAGCUGCUUUAAGCUAGUUGCUGCUCCAUCAUCAUCCCUACGAGGAUUCUUACACAUUUAAUCACACUGACCCAUCACUGCUCACAAUCACUGACUGUUAUAAGAACAGUCCCUGGGAUGAGACGCUCUAAUUUUAUUCAAUUAAAGCUACUAUAAGGAGUUUUUUAUGUUCAUGAAACAGACUGAAAUUCAUAUUGAUCCCUUUUCAUGAUAUUCUAAAGCAAACAAGAGCAUCAAGAACAAGAUUUGAAACGUGUUUAUCAUCAUUUUUAAUGUCUGAAAAUGGUUGAGGAGGUAGGUGUCAGCCAAGCAGCUGAGGAAACAGUCCGGUUUUUACAUUUUCCUGAUAAGACAUUCACGAUAAAUAAUAUAUUUGACUGUCAAAAGUGAGCAAGACAAGAUAUUUUGUCAAAAUAAGCUUUGAAUAACUUUAGUCUGAAAUUAGUUAUUCAUUGUGCCUCCAGCUUAGGGUUCACUUUAAUACUCUUCUUCUGUGAUUUAUUACUUCAUUCAGAGUCAAGCAGGCGAACACGCGUCUGUCAAAACUCCUGCAGAAAAAACAAAGGGAGAAGAGAAAGAAGGAGAAGGAGAAGACCCCAUCCAUUAUGGAGAGAUAGUAUUCCUCGAGCAGAGACCGAAACCCUCUUCUGACUCAGCGCAGGACGCAGGACACCAGCAGGACACAUUGUAUUCAGAGGUCAAAGUGCGUAACACAACAAACAACCAAACACAGGCGGCUGACGGCGUGGAGGAUCUCUAUAUGAAUGUAAGGAACACAGUUGAUGCAGUUGUAGAGGCGACACACGACACUUAA